ACUCUGCAGCUAUAAGAGCCCCUUGCCUUCGUCCAUUUUGGUCCGAGUCGUCUGACUGCGGGCGUUAGCGAGAGGGGGAGCGGGAAAGAGGUUAGGGCAAAUAUGAUAAUCCCCGUUCGAUGCUUCACUUGCGGAAAGGUGAUCGGGAACAAGUGGGAUACGUAUCUGGACCUUCUCCAGGCUGACUAUACCGAAGGGGAUGCUCUUGAUGCACUAGGUCUGGUUCGCUACUGUUGCAGGCGCAUGCUGAUGACUCAUGUAGACCUUAUCGAGAAGCUUCUUAACUAUAACACACUGGAGAAAAGCGAGCCUGCUUAAAUGUAGUUGGAUGGGGAACAUGACUCCGCACAUAGGAACGGCAUGUGGCGUUGCGUGGAUGGUUAUGCGUAGAAGUGGAAAGGUAGUUUUGAUUUUGGCUCUUGAUAUGGAGAAACUGUAUAAAGGAGAUGCGCCUAAUAUUAUACUAUGACUUUAAAGACCGAUUGUCGUGGAAUGAAUUGAACUUGUUUGCUGCCUGUUAGAAA